AUGGCUUCUGACUUGCACUCUUCGGCUCCUAUUGAGCUCAAGGAGGACACCGUCAUCGUUGUCCUCGGUGCGUCUGGCGACCUCGCCAAGAAGAAGACGUACCCGGCUCUUUUUGGGCUCUACCGAAACCAGUUCCUCCCCAAGGACAUAAGGAUCGUUGGAUAUGCGCGGACAAAAAUGGACCAUGAAGAGUACAUCCGGCGCAUCAAGUCGUAUAUCAAGACGCCGACGAAGGAAGUUGAGGAGCAGUUAGAAGAGUUCUGCAAGCUGUGCACAUAUGUUUCCGGCCAGUACGACCGCGAUGAGUCCUUCAUGCAGCUCAACGAGCAUCUCGAGGAGCUGGAGCGAGGCAGGAAACACAACCACCGCCUGUUCUACAUGGCUCUUCCACCGAGCGUUUUCACCAUCGUGUCCCAGCACCUGAAAAAAUGUUGCUAUCCGAAGAGAGGCAUUGCCCGUGUCAUUGUAGAGAAGCCAUUCGGCAAGGACCUGGCCAGUUCUCGCGAGCUCCAGAAGUCCCUCGAGCCUGAUUGGAAAGAGGAGGAGAUUUUUCGCAUUGACCAUUACCUCGGCAAGGAGAUGGUGAAAAAUAUUCUUAUCCUUCGGUUCGGCAACUCAUUCCUCGGCGCGACCUGGAACCGGCACCACAUCGACAACGUUCAGAUCACUUUCAAGGAACCUUUUGGCACGGAAGGCCGUGGCGGUUACUUUGACGAGUUUGGCAUCAUUCGUGAUGUCAUGCAGAACCACCUGCUUCAGGUCCUGACGCUGCUCGCUAUGGAGAGGCCCAUCUCUUUCUCAGCUGAGGACAUCCGUGAUGAGAAGGUCCGGGUUCUACGAGCAAUUCCUGCAAUUGAGCCGAAGAAUGUCAUCAUCGGGCAGUACGGGCGGUCACUGGAUGGCAGCAAGCCGGGGUACAAAGAGGACGAAACGGUUCCGAAGGAUUCGAGAUGCCCGACUUUCUGCGCGCUUGUGGUUUACAUCAAGAAUGAGCGGUGGGACGGUGUUCCCUUCAUUAUGAAAGCAGGCAAGGCGCUCAACGAACAAAAGACGGAGAUCCGUGUGCAGUUCAAGGACGUCACUACGGGCAUCUUCAAGGACAUCCCGCGCAAUGAGCUGGUCAUGCGCAUCCAGCCCAAUGAGAGCGUGUACAUCAAGAUGAACUCGAAGCUUCCCGGCUUGACGAUGCAGACAGUCGUCACGGAGCUUGAUUUGACGUACCGCAGACGAUUCUCCGAUCUCAAGAUUCCCGAGGCAUACGAGUCCCUGAUCUUGGACUGCCUCAAGGGCGAUCAUUCCAACUUUGUCCGCGAUGAUGAAUUAGACGCCAGCUGGCGCAUCUUCACGCCGCUCCUGCACUACCUAGAUGAUAACAAGGAGAUAAUCCCCAUGGAGUACCCAUAUGGCUCCCGGGGUCCCGCAAUUCUGGAUGACUUCACAGCAUCGUAUGGCUACAAGUUCAGUGAUGCCGCUGGUUAUCAGUGGCCUACAACAUCGGCGCUGGGGCCGGGUAUCAAGUUAAUUGGCUUGACGCGUCCUAAGAUCCCCGAUGUCCACGGUGUCCCAGACACGAUUACCCAACCGGAGUUUGGGGGAAGCAUCGGCGUUUGCAGAGCGGCGGGAGUGCGAUGCGGAGGGGCUGCGGCGCGUCUGUCGAGACCACUCAGCGUGUCGGAAGCCAGAACUGGGGCAGCCGCCGAUCCCGGGCCCGGAAAGGGUAUAGUGACGUAA